UUCUGAGCACAUCCCCUGCAGCAGCAGUCACCCUGGCUGGUUUGCAGGGGACAGUCUACAACAGCAGGUGCUGUUGCUCUUUCAAAGGCUGACACGCCUUUCCUUAGAAAGGUCCUGCUCUGCAAGUGUUGCAGCAGCAAGCUCUUCCUCUCAAAGGAAGCUGUGUUCUGCCAUUAUCCCCCAUUCCCCUGGGGAAAGGGAAUCUUUUUUGAUUCUUUCUGUCCUUUCUUUUGUAAUAAAAUCACAUCACUUAGUUUUUGCCAUGUUGUUUCUGUUUCCUCUCUCAGUGCCUGCAAGGACUGGAUUUUCUUCACUCCAACCAUGUGAUCCACCGAGAUGUGAAGAGCAGCAACAUCCUUCUCAGAACCGACGGCUCUGUCAAGCUGGGUCAGUAUAUUCUUGGUCAGGUGCAACAUUCCAGGGAUGUGGGUGUGGGGCUGCUUGGAGUGACUCCCAGCUCCCCAGAAAUGGUGCUGGUGACAGUGCAGGGACACUCCCUGUGAGCUGGUGACAUGGCUGCAAUGUGUACAGAGGCAUGACAAGGAACAAGCAGUCAAGAGUGGUGUUGCUCUGUGUGUGUCCCUUCCAGAGGGAGGGAGCUACAGGUCUAAAGCUUCCAACGAACAAAAGCCGCUGCUGGAGGUAGUGUAAAAAAAUGUGAGGAUUUUUUAAGUCACCAAUGCCAUAUAUCCUUGGCUAAAGACCUGAGAAAACAGAGUAGGCACAGUUGUCCAGGUGAUUCAACAGCACAUUCUCAAACUUCCACUGGGGAAUUCUAUUGCUUAGUUUCCUAAUUGCACAGAAUAAAAUAACAACAGUUGUUUUGCUUUCUCCUCAGCCGAUUUUGGCCUCCCUACUCAGCUCACCCCUUAGAAGAAUACACGGAGAUUGUUAGCAGGGACUGCUUGGUGGAUGGCACCUGAAGUGGUGACACGUGAACCAUAUGGCCCCAAAGUGGACAUAUGGUCUUUUGGAAUUGUGGGAAUUGAAAUGGUGGAAGAAGAACCUCCUUACUGGAACCAGAGUCCUGCCUCAGCUAAAUUCAUGAUAGCCUCAAUAGGAACCCCGCAGCUGCUGCAUCCCAAGCUCCUCUCAGCUUGGCUGCGUGACUUCCUGAGCUGCUGCCUGCAGACAGACGAGGAGCAGCGCUGGUCUGCCAAGGAGCUCCUGCAGCAUCCAUUUGUAACAUCCUCCAAACCAGCCCCCAUCCUGGCACCACUCAUCAUUUCAUCGAAGAAGAAGAAAAAGAAGUAUUAGGAGACAAGAAUUUAACAAUAAUUUGAAGAUGUUAUCUUCAUAAGAAAUUUAGAUUAGAAAUGUAGAGUAGGAUUGUAGAGUAGGAUUGUUGAAGAGUUUUGUAGAAUAGGAUUGUAGAUUGGAUUGGAUUUAAAUAAAGUUUCUGGAACAUCAA